UUUCGUUUAGUGAAUGAACGCGGUUCGAACGGAACGCACGCACAACGUUAUAGCGUAUCAACCACGCGGGCAUUGACAACGAUACAACUUUUUUAAUUAAAAAAAAAAUAAACUCUCACGGUUUGGCGCGAAUAAUAAUACAAGACUCGAAUAAACAAAAUUAAUUUCAAUAGAUUUUUAUGUUCUGUGAUUAAUGAAUCGGUGUGAUAAAUAUAGAUAGUGAAGUGUAAAAUUAUAAGUGAAAGUAUAUAAAUAAUAGAAAGAAAUCUAAUAAUUCAGGCAUAUCAUUUGUCUAACGAAUUGAUGACAUAUUAUAACUAAUGAAUUUGUACCAUUUAUUAUAAUUGAAAUAUACUAUAAUAAACGAGAGUUCGCGCCAAAAAAUGUGUCAGUGACAAGUCAAGAUCGUCAGUGCUCGAUGCACAGCACUAUGUUCAAGUUGCUACCACUAAAAUGGGUCGCUCGCGUCAACGAUGGCGGACUGCUCAAUCAGUUCUUUAUGGCAUUAAUGGUGACCAUCCCAGUGCUGAAUUUCGGUAUGCUUCUCGGCUGGCAGUCUCCCAUGACGCCCCUGCUGCAGUCCCCCACGGGGCCGGCGCCUGAGCCUAUCAGCGAUGAGACCAUAUCCUGGAUGGCCUCGCUGGUCUUCUUCCCACCUAUAUUCUGUGGAUUCCUAAUGGGAAACCUAGUCGACAAACUUGGAAGAAAGAAAGUUACAUUGCUUACCUCAUUAUUUUUAUUGAUCAGUUGGACAAUAACACUAUUCUCACUCCGUCCGUGGGCACUCAUCUUUUCGCGAGCUGUCGCGGGUUUCGCCUGUGCUAGUUGCUAUGUAGUCACGCCUUUAUAUUUAAAAGAGAUCGCGUCCGACAAUGUACGAGGUGCACUCGGUUCCCUUUUUAUCCUAUCCCAAAAUCUUGGGUACUUGCUGAUCUACGUCGCCGGAGACCUGCUCUCGUUCGCUGUAGUCAUGUGGAUCUGCACAGCGGUGCCAGUGCUGCACCUCCUAGCCUUCCUGGCGAUGCCAGAGACACCAGUGUUCCUGGUGAAACAGGGAAAACAACAGGAGGCUCGCGCAGCACUAGCGUGGUUAAGGAAUACUACAGUAGAUGACAAGAAUUUAGAAGAAACAGUACAGCAGUUGGAAAGAGAAGAAGAAUACGCCAGGUCUGUGAAAAAAAGUAGCUGGAAGGAUUUAGUAAAAGACAAGACCACAUUCAAAGCGUUUCGGAUAGCGAGUAACGUAAUGAUACUCCAGGAGACCUGUGGAUACCUGGUUGUGCUCACUUACGCUGGCUCCAUAUUCGAGCAAGCCUCCGAGUCCAUCAACUUAAAACUGAGUCCAAACAAACAAACAAUCGUGAUAGGAGCUAUACAGUUGAUUGGAUCCAUCGUCGCGAGCUGUAUUGUUGAACAAACCGGUCGAAAGUGGCUCUUAGCCGGCACAUCAUUUGCUACCGGUCUGUCAAUGCUGGCCCUUGGUGCGUGGUUCUACGUGACCUCCAUGUCGAUAUGGUUGCCUGGCUGGUUGCCGGUUCUAGCAAUGGGGUUGUGCAUCUUCUCUGACGCAGCGGGUUACCAACCCGUACCGUAUGUGAUCACCUCAGAGUUGUUUUCUUUUCAACAUCGAGGAAUGGCCACCUCCAUAAUCACAACGUUCACAGCUCUCAGUGAUUUCUUACAAACAAAAGCGUAUGAUCCUCUACUGAAACUACUUGGCAUACAUUGGGUGUUUAUGAUGUUCUCAGUCGUAUGCUUCCUUGGUACCUUUUACACAAUAAUGUGGGUACCGGAGACUAAAAAUAGAAGUGUAGAGGAGAUCUACGCUCUUCUAGAAGACGGAAGAAAGAAACAGAAGAGCAGAGACGUUGAAAUCGGCAAAGAAGUUAGCAGACUAUGAAUAAGUUAGGCUUUGCUCAAAAAUAGACGUGUUUUAAAAAAAUAAAACUAGACUCAAAUUUGACAUAGUCUUAAAUAAUUGUGAGAUUAUAUUUUGACUCUUAUUUAUAUUGUGAUAAAGAUUCAUUAUAGUAACUACAAAUGUGCCUUAUCAUUCCUGAAUGUGAUAUAAGUAACGAAUUACUUAAUUAAGAUUUAUUAAUGAAAAAGGUAUUAAAAUUAUGUUUUAAGUA